CGCGCGCACAGCAGCUGGGUGUGCAGCCGCCGCCGGAGCCGCAGGACCCGCCUCAGCCGGAGCUGCCCCGCCGCCGCCGCGCGCUCAGGGAGCCGCCGCCGCCUCCUCCUCUCCCUCCGCUUCGCCCGCGAGCCGAGCCCAGCCCCGCUCCGACCCGCCCCGCCGGGAAGAUGGUGGACCGCGAGCAGCUGGUGCAGAAAGCCCGGCUGGCCGAGCAAGCCGAGCGCUACGAUGACAUGGCGGCCGCCAUGAAGAACGUCACAGAGCUGAACGAGCCACUGUCCAAUGAAGAAAGGAACCUGUUGUCUGUAGCCUAUAAGAAUGUAGUGGGGGCACGGCGCUCUUCCUGGCGAGUAAUUAGUAGCAUUGAGCAGAAGACAUCUGCUGAUGGUAAUGAGAAGAAGAUAGAAAUGGUCCGGGCCUACCGUGAGAAAAUAGAGAAGGAGUUGGAAGCUGUAUGCCAAGAUGUGCUGAGCCUGCUAGACAACUAUCUCAUCAAGAACUGCAGCGAGACACAGUAUGAGAGUAAGGUCUUUUACCUGAAGAUGAAAGGGGACUAUUAUCGUUACCUGGCUGAGGUGGCCACAGGAGAGAAGAGGGCAACUGUGGUGGAGUCUUCGGAGAAAGCCUAUAGCGAAGCCCAUGAGAUCAGCAAGGAGCACAUGCAACCGACGCAUCCCAUUAGGCUGGGUCUGGCGCUUAACUACUCAGUUUUCUACUACGAGAUCCAGAAUGCGCCGGAGCAGGCCUGCCACCUGGCCAAGACGGCUUUCGACGACGCCAUUGCUGAGCUGGACACCCUCAACGAGGACUCCUACAAAGACUCCACGCUCAUCAUGCAGCUCCUUCGUGACAACCUAACGCUCUGGACAAGCGAUCAGCAAGAUGACGACGGUGGAGAAGGCAACAAUUAGACCCCCCGAUGGACUGGCAGCCGCACGCUGAUGCUACUACUGCAGUCUUUAUUUUUUUCCCACAA